AAACAAACCACUUCCUCGAAGUUGAUGCUCAUAUGACUAAAGCAUAGCAAGGCGAGUGAUGUGUACUGUAACUCUGACUCUGUUUUGUGCAAUAAUAUGUUGUUCCCUGACAGAAAAGGCACCAAAUAUUUCAUCUCCAAACAUCAUCAUCAUGCUCAUGGAUGAUAUGGGUUGGGGUGACUUGGGAGUGUUUGGCCAGCCUUCUAAAGAGACCCCCAACCUGGAUGAGAUGGCCGCUCAGGGCAUGCUGCUUCCAAAUUUCUACACUGCCAACCCACUCUGUUCCCCAUCCAGAGCUGCAUUACUCAGCGGGAGGUUGCCUGUCAGAAACGGCUUCUACACCACUAAUGCCCACGCCAGAAACGCAUACACACCACAGGAGAUAGUGGGAGGAAUCUCUAAGGAUGAGAUUUUGUUACCCCAGAUGCUGAAGAAAAAGGGCUACGUCAGCAAGAUAGUUGGCAAGUGGCAUCUGGGCCACAGACCACAGUACCUGCCUCUGGAGAAUGGUUUUGAUGAAUGGUUCGGUGCACCAAACUGCCACUUUGGCCCCUACAACAGCAGCGUCAGACCCAACAUCCCUGUCUACAACAACUCUGAGAUGGUUGGCAGAUACUAUGAGGAGUUCAAGAUUGACAGGAAAACUGGAGAGUCCAACCUCACACAGAUGUACUUGCAGGAAGGCCUUGACUUCAUAUUGCGUCAGACUGAGGCACACCGGCCCUUCUUCCUUUAUUGGGCAGCUGACGCCACUCAUGCCCCUGUCUAUGCCUCCAAGCGCUUCCUAGGGCAGAGCCAGCGAGGCCGGUAUGGCGAUGCAGUGAUGGAGCUAGACUACAGCGUCGGUCAGAUCUUGUCAUUGCUGCAGAAUCUGGGCGUAGAAAAUAAUACCUUUGUCUUCUUCACCUCAGACAACGGAGCUGCUCUAACGUCUGGGCCAAAUGAAAGUGGCAGCAAUGGGCCAUUCCUCUGUGGAAAGGAGACAACUUUUGAAGGGGGCAUGAGGGAGCCUGCUAUUGCCUGGUGGCCUGGACACAUCAAAGAGGGCACGGUGAGUUUCCAGUUGGCCAAUGUGAUGGACCUGUUCACCACCGGUCUGGCUCUGGCUGGCAUCAGCCCUCCUGAUGACAGGACCCUUGAUGGACUAGACUUAACACCAGUCCUGCUAAAGCGCUCACACACCCUCCAAAACAGGCCGAUCUUUUAUUACCGUGGGAACGAGCUGAUGGCUGUGAGGCUUGGACAAUACAAGGCACACUACUGGACCUGGAGCAACUCAUGGGAGGAGUUUAAAAGUGGCAUCAACUUCUGUCCAGGUCAAGAGGUCCCGGGUGUGACUACUCACGAGCAGAAAGAGCACACAAUGCAGCCAAUCAUCUUCCAUCUGGGACGGGAUCCUGGCGAAAAGUUCCCUAUCAGGGUUACGACUAAGGAGUACCAGGAUGUGCUGAGCAGGAUCUCUCUGGUUGUGGAGAGCCAUAAAAAGACUCUGGUGCCCGGUAUUCCCCAGCUUAACAUGUGUGACGUGGCCGUGAUGAAUUGGGCCCCUGCAGGCUGUGAGAAGUUGGGAAAGUGUCUCAAAGUGCCCAAGUCUGGGCCUUGGAAGUGUGAGUGGCCACACUGAGAGCAAAACUACAGAACCAGACACCAGGAUGAGGAAGCAAAACCUCCCGAAAGAUGUGCCUUUCUACAGAACAACAAACAACCUUAUUUUAUAAAUGUUUAUGUUUUUGAACUCUUUGUUAAAUAGUUUCUGUACACUGUUAACAUGUGGUGAAACCAAAAGGGAAUUAUAAUAACAUUACAUUGAUCAUGCAGAUAGCUUUUACAGUUGUAAUUUUAAUGAGCCAGCACAACUUCUACCUGACCUGGAGGAACAGUGCGUCAGUGGUUUAAGUCACAACUCAUUUGAGUGGUGUAGAACAGAUAGGGAAAUGUAUUUAUUUUGAUCAUGCCUAAAUCAGAAUCAGCAUGGGAUUUAUUACCAAGUCAGCAGUGUGACAUGUGAUGAUAUGUGCAAUGUGCAAGAUAAAAUCCAAGAGAUGUGUAUUUAUGUAACACAUAGAUUCAGUUUGAGCAAUGGGUAAAGUAAAUAAAUUGUACCAUGUUGGAUUAUGUAAUUCAUUCUGUAUGUCUUCUACAUGCAUACUGCAGAAAGUGGUUUUCAAUAAAAAAAAAAUUUUUUUUUUUCUUGUUA